AUGAAGCUCUUGCUGUCCCUCGGAGUUGCGGCCGAAGAGCUCAUAGGGGGUUCCGAGCAGUGGCACGGAGUCCACUUCGAUGAGGACGGUUGUGUGUGGAAGCUGGAUCUAGAUGGGAGGCCCAUCAGUGGCAGAUUGGACGCACUCACCAAUCUGACCAGCCUACAGGCUCUAUACCUGUCAGACACCGGUGUGACUGGAGGCCUGCAGGCCUUGGCAGAGAUGACCGAGCUGUGGCAGUUGUGGCUGGAUGGUACAAAGGUGGCCGGUGACCUGCAGCCGCUCUUGAAGCUCACCAAGUUGGAGCAGCUAUACCUCUCACAAACCGAUGUCACUGGAAGCUUGCAGGUUUUGGCGGAGAUGAGCGAGCUGCAGGAGUUGUUCCUGGAUGGUACCAAGGUGGCCGGUGACCUGCAACCGCUCUUCAAGCUGACGAAGUUGGAGCAGCUCUUGCUCAAGAACACCGGUGUGACCGGAGGCCUGCAGGCCUUGGCAGAGAUGACCGAGCUGCGGCAGUUGUGGCUGCAGGGUACAAAGGUCUCCGGUGACUUGCAACCGCUCUCCAAGCUGACGGAGUUGGAGGGGCUCUUUCUCGAGAACACCGGUGUGACUGGAAGCCUGCAGGCCUUGGCGGAGAUGAGCGAGCUGCAGCACUUGCGGCUGGAUGGUACCAAGGUGGCCGGUGACCUUCAACCGCUCUUCAAUCUGAAGAAGUUGAAGGAGCUCCAGCUCGAGAACACCGUCGUGCAGGGGGAUCUUGGAGAGCUCCUUCGUUUGACAAACCUAACGCAGGCCCCUGUAGCACUGUCAGCUUUUCCCCGGCCCCAGAUUCGCAUUUUUCACAUGUCGGAGGCCGAUCUGAGCGGCACGCGCGUGUCUGGGCGCCUGACGCCCGCCUGGCGGGGCCAACUCCUGCAGCUCCACACGCUCAGCCUCAAGGACCGGGCCUCAGAGCAAGGGCCUGUGCACCCGGUUUCUCCUUCUGCGGCUCGUCCCGACGAAGCUGAGGGCAGCCAAGUGAGCUUCCUGCCCGUCGGAAGUGACCUGGAAGACCUCCGGGCGACAUUCGUCACCAAGAAGACCGGGCAGCUGCUUCCGGCCCUGGUGAACUUGGACGUGUCACUGUGUCCGCUGGACGGCGAAGUUCAGAACCUGCUUCAGCCCCUGUCCUUCGCAGAACACUUGGCCUCUGUCCGUGCCAAUGGGGCGAACCUCUUCGGGCAUCUACAGACGAGCUGCUUGCGCAACGUAUCCGUGGAUGGCGAGCUCUAUGUUGAAUAUUGCACGACACCCUUGCGGAGCUCCUUGCAAGGCUUGGAGUUGGCGGACAACAAGAUCCACCGCAUCGAAGGCAUCCCCGCCAACGUCUAC